AUUUUUCCUAGAGACCACACUGCACAAUGGAUAUUUACCUCCCUACUGGUUUUAAAAUGUGCCGAGGACUAGCAGAGCUGUCAAACACCUGCCUGGAAAGGGCAAAAAGGAUAAAGGCAUGCGUGGGAGGCGUUCUGCAGAUGCAGGACUGGAACAUUCUAUUCUAUUGCUACAAAUAUAGAAAACAAAGGUUGACCUUGGAUGAAUGUUUGGAGUGGAAAGAAUCUCUUGGGAAGCUCCUAUCAAACAAGAAUGGACUGUAUGCUUUUAGAGCUUUCCUAAAAUCUGAAUUUAGCGAAGAGAACCUUGCAUUCUACCUGGCCUGUGAAGACUACAAAAACACAAAGUCAACCGCCAAGUUGCCAUGCAAAGCCACGAGGAUAUACGAGGAGUUUAUUGGAAAUGAUGCUCCCAGAGAGGUUAACAUCGACUAUGAGACUCGAGACAUGACUCAAGCCAAUCUGAAUAGCCCCACCACAUCAUGCUUCGAUAUGGCUCAGUACCGCAUCUACAUUCUCAUGGAAAAGGAUUGUUACCCUCGAUUCCUCCGAUCUGCCUCAUACCGCAACCUGGUCAACCAACUCAUGGCAAAGAGCGCCAAGGCGAGAAGCAAAACAGCCCCGACAACUUGAAUGCCAUGUGAGGAAGAUAAACCAAAAUGAAAUAAGGCAGAUUCAAGGGAAGUUGUUCUACAAAAGAUGGAAGCUCAGACGAGAAAGGAGCAGUCUGGAUCCUAAAAAGGCUGUUUGUGGCAGGCUGAGAGCCCUGAGAUGAAGCUAGAUGGGUGUCAUUUAUGAAUCGCAUAAAGGACUGCAUUCCAAGACCCCUUUAGUCAAAAAGAACCCCUUAGUCGGAUAGAGGGAAUGAAAGGAACUGUGUCAGCAGUACAUCUGAACUCUACUGAAGUAUGAAUUGGCCAAUGAGCACAUAGCAUCCUUCAAUCUGAAAAAGAAGCGUACUGUAUGUUGUAAUCUUAAACGAAUUAUGCGUUUGACUAUUUAAUGUGUAAAUGUAUUUAACUUAUUUGUAUUUUUUGUAAAAAAAAAAAUACCAAACAGUACUGUGCCAUUACGAUGGUAUUCAAUUGCCAUGGUUUUUACUUGGUACUCCAAAGUAUUUCAAAUAAAACCAUGAUAUUGUCAUCAUGUAAAAGUAAAUGUAUUUUUUCUAAGUGACAAUCUGUAAUGCUACAAGCCAUUAUUUUAGAAUGUUCAAAGUGUGUAAAUAUUUAUUAUUAAAUGAAUGUGAAUACAACUUUUUCAUUAAAGGAAUAUG